UCAGACUCAAUACUUUAAUAUUUGGCGAUAAAGUGCAAGUUUUACAAACACUCUGUGCAAACAAAGAUCGUUGUUAUUUGCUUUUACUAAGUUUACUUUUAGAAGUUGUGCGAUGAAAGUUAUGUUUAAUGAUCCAAUAUUGUAUAGACUCAAUUAAAAUAUAUUUAUGCUUUAUUAGUUAGUGGCAGAUGCGUAAUAUUUUGUAGGAUCGUUUUUAAUUUUUUUUUUUGUUUUUUUUUGUUUUUGUUUUUUGCACACAUUGAAUAGAAACCGAACGAAAAAAUGAGAGAGUCCAACAUAACUUAAUAAAACAGCUGAUAUCAAAUUGACAUUUCGUGCGAAUAGAUUGCGAUAGAGUGAAACGGCAUGUAGCCGAGAAUAGUGUAGCACCAAAUGAAUCUGGUAAAAAAUUUCCCAAAACAAAAGCGCGCGAAGGGGAAGAAAUUGCGCGCCAAAUACUACUACUAGCAUAGCAGUUUAUUAAAGUUCAUUUAGCAGCAAAUAACGAAGUUUUCUAAACGGACGCACUUAUCUAAUAAUGUUCGGUAGUAUAGUUAUUGCAAAAGUAAUAGGAUAAUAAUUUAAAUUUAAUAAGAGCGUUGUAUGCCCUUUUGAAUGACUACGAGUGACAUGCAUCAUACACACACACAUGCUUACAAUAUGUGUGCACAUUGGUAAAGAGUGGUGUUCGCUUCAUUCUGUGAAUGCUUUUGGAGGGAAAAUUCAUGUCAGUCGGAAUUUGAGCGGGAUAAAGUAAAGACGUGUGUGGCGUGAACUUGUUAAAGACCAUUGAUAAGAAGACGUGCAUUUUUUUGUGAAAUUAUAAUAAUUGCAAGAUUGCAAGGAUAUUAAAUACAAAAUAAAAUAACUAUCAAAAUACAUAAUGUCACAGCCAUCAAUUGCUUCAUUUUUUAAUACGCGUAAGCGAGUCGCUACGGAUGAAGUGACUGCUAUUAAAAGUCGGCGACUAACAGAUGACAAUGCAUCGGCUGUCCCUUCUCCUACUCCCACUGUAGCGGGAAUCCAAAAUGAUGACGAUAUCACCGCUAUUAAAGCAGCUGCAAUGGGUAUACGGACUCGAUCCGGACGUACGAUUAAGCGUACUGGUAUUCAACCCACAGCCGAAGUGCCGCUUAAAAAGCAGAAUAAAUUGGAACAGAUCCCAUUACAACAACAAAAACUAGUACAAUUUAUCAAAAAGGGACCAAUGUCCCCAAGGAAAAAGGCAACACCAAUUAAUGAAAUACAAAAGAAGAAUGAAGAAACACCAAGCGCUAAUACAGCCAUAAAGAUAGCAAAUGCCUUUGCGUCUAAGGACAAUGCAACAAAUGUACUACGAGGGCUCAAAACUCCAACCAAACAAAUUAUAAAAGGCUCUGGUGUUACACCUCUAAAGCACGAUGACUUGAAGGGUCUCGUACGGAAGGAAUUAAAUUUCGAUGAAGUAAAGACGAAAUUGUCGCGCAGCGCCAAAUUGCAGGAAUUAAAAGCUUCUCUAUCGCGCAUUCAAGAUCUUGAAAAGACGCGCAAAGCCCAAGAAGACCGUAAUCGUCGUUUACGUGACGGUCAAAGCGUCUCGCCAUUAAAGAAAACAACUGCCCUUGUUCAGCUUAGGGAAUUCGAUACGAUUGAAUUGGAAGUAUUGACUAGUCCGGCAAAAACAUUCAAGACCCCCACCAAAAUACCACCACCAACACCAGAUAAAAAUGAACUUAUGUCACCACGUCAUACAGAUGUGUCGAAACGCAUCCUCUUCAGCCCUGCAAAGCAGGGUUCGCCGGCAAAAGUUGUGGUGCCACCUGCUUACCAGCGUUUUAUGAACCUUGCCGAGUCAAGCAAAGCUGGCCAGUUGCCAUUGCCAUUUAAAUAUCGUAAUCUUAUAGAAGUAUUCAAGGGAGUGGACUCUGUGUGCGCUAUGUUCCACAAUCGCAAGGAAUGCAUUACGUUUAAAAAAUUGAAACCGGCCGUGCAAAGGAUGCUGCGUAAAAAUUUCACAGAAACCCAUUUGGCACAAAUUAAACAUUUGUAUCCAGAUGCAUUUAUUUUUUCUCAAAUGAAAAUGCGCAAUUAUGGUUCCGUAUCAAAGGCUGACUAUUUCCAAUUAGUUAUUUGUCCAAAUGUUGACGGCAACCCGUUGGAAAAAGUAAAGAGUCGUAUUUUAGAGGAAAAUGAUGUUGCCGAUAAUAUUUUGAAAGCGGCUCAAACAUGCGUAAUGAAUCCGCAAGUUAUGACUGAGCGUUUGCAACGUUUUACAAAUACUAUGUUACAACGCGUUUUAAAUGAACACGAAAAGUUCUUGCAAACACUUGAUCCGCCGAUCCGCAUACCUAAGUCAAAAGUGACGCGUUGGCAUCCGGAUUUCGAACUAGAAAACUGCCCAGAAAUUGAAUGCGCUCAUUUACCGCAGCCACCGAACGUGGAGAAGUAUUCUUCGGCGCGCGAUAUAUUGUCUACAGCACGUAAUCUUUUCAACUGUGCAACACCAAUGGAGCGAGCGCUAGAACGUUACGAAGCUAAGAUGGAAGCAACACGAGUGGCAGAAGAGAAUGCAAAUAAUGCCUCUAAAGUCACCUCUACGACUGACACAAAAGGCGACACACAUGAAAGUAAAGAUCGUCUGGCGACAUCUAUCAAAUCCGGAGCUCUGGCUACAGUGACCACGGAAACUUCUACAAUCAAAGUAACUCCUGCACCCGCUGAGGCUUGCCAAAACACAAUGGGCACUGGAAAUGAUGUCACUUCUAAUUUAUUGAAAGGUGUGCCUAAAUCGUUGCUAGAGAAAAUACGCGCCAAGCAAGCGGCCAAAGCGUUAGAUGCUAUGACAAGGCGACCCUCACAAGAUCAGGAAGCCACUAUGUACUCACGCCUUCCAGAGUUGGCACGUCAUCUACGUAACGUUUUCAUUACCGAGCGCAAAGGUGUGCUAAUGCUAGAAAUCGUCAUAAAAAAGAUUCAAAAUAGUUAUCGUGCUUGUUUAACGGCACAAGAAUUGGAGGCUCAUUUAAAGCUUAUGGCCAAAGUGGUACCUGCAUGGGUGUCCUUUCACGAGGUACGUAAGACAAUGUACCUUAAAAUAGCACGUGAAAUGGAAUUGAAAAAAGUUAUUGCCAAACUCGAAGAAGUAGCAAAUGAAAAGAGCAAAUAAUUUGAAAUGAAAAUAUAUUUUUUUAUAUAAUAAAAUUUUGUUACAUUUUUAAGCAGACACAAAGUUAUGUACUCUUAAUUUAUUUAAUAUUAUGAGUUUUCUAUAUAACAUAAAAUUAUGCAAAUUACUGAAAAGUUUUUGUUCAAUUUAUAAUUCAAUUUAUAUAUAUGUUUUUGUAAAUUUAUAAUUCCUCAAAGUUAAUUGUCCUAAGAGUUAUUUAAAAUUUCCAUCAUGAUUUUGUCUCUUUGUAUUGCCUCAUUAAAAAAAUAUAUUUUUAUCUUUAGAUUUAAAUCUGAAAACAAAGGAUAGUUUAAAUGUCACAAUAUUUUACUUUCAUGUAAUAAGUUCUCCAAUAUUCAUAAAAGAUUACAUAUUCUCAUAUUGCAUGGAAACAAAGUGAUGCCAAGAUUUGUGGAAACAAUAUGUAGUCACUGAAUAGUUAAUUGUAAGCAUUUUCAUUUCCCAAGUGAUACUCAUGUAACCGUUAUAUAUUCAUUACAUCACCUUACUUUUCUUUCGUAAAACUAACAUCAAUGUCUACAUUUGUUAUAAUUAAUAAAAAUUAUGUAAGUGAUUCCAAAUAAAGACUAAUAAUUAAAACUUUUAA